AUGGAGAAUACUACGGAGAAUAUUAUGGAGACAGUCAUCAGCAGCACCAGUGCGAGAGAAGUCACUAUAGCAGGCGAAUACGGAGAACAUUGCGGAGAAAUCAAGCGACAACAAGGCCCCCAGCACCAAGAACAGGCUCAGCUCUCCAAGAUCCCACGUUAUAUCAGUCAUCCACUCAAGGAGGAGCAAGAGAAGGAACUACAACAGGCAAAUGCGGAGAACACUGCGGAGAAACCAAGCGGCAAUAAGGCCACCAUCGUCAAGAACACGGCUCAGCUCUCCAAGAUCCCACGUCAUAUCAGUCAUCCACUCAGAGUAAGAGGAGGAACUACAACAGGCAAAUGCGGAGAACACUGCGGAGAAACCAAGCGGCAACAAGGCCACCAUCGUCAAGAACACGGCUCAACUCUCCAAGAUCCCACGUCAUAUCAGUCAUCCACUCAGUCAGCCACUCAGCUAGCCACUCAGUCUGAUACUCUACAAGAGGAGGAGCAAGAGAAGGAACUACAACAGGCAAAUGCGGAGAACACUGCGGAGAAACCAAGCGGCAACAAGGCCACCAUCGUCAAGAACACGGCUCAGCUCUCCAAGAUCCCACGUCAUAUCAGUCAUCCACUCAAGGAGGAACUACAACAGGCAAAUGCGGAGAACACUGCGGAGAAACCAAGCGGCAACAAGGCCACCAUCGUCAAGAACACGGCUCAGCUCUCCAAGAUCCCACGUCAUAUCAGUCAUCCACUUAAAGAGGAGCAAGAGAAGGAACUACAACAGGCAAAUGCGGAGAACACUGCGGAGAAACCAAGCGGCAACAAGGCUACCAUCGUCAAAAACACAGCUCAGCUCUCCAAGAUCCCACGUCAUAUACUCUCCACGGUUCCACAUCAAAUCAUCACUCAGCAAGCGGAGAACACCACUGCAACUUGGCCUAUUAUCCCCACUGCAUUAAGAAGCAAGAGGAGGAACUACAAUAACGUCACAAGAGGAGGAUCUACUGCGACGAUCAUAGUCAAUUAG